AACUGACACAAGGGACGCUCGUAAACUGCGCUUGGACAGAAGAAAUGGGCUUGAAUUGAAAAGUGAUUUUGCUGCAAGGAAUGUUGAAGGUGCUUCCGAAAGGAGGAGGGAAACUCGGAAUCUUGGAAGGAUUGCAGCUGGCAGGUGGCCUAAUGGAAAGAGAAGACGGAAGAACAGUCAGUCCUCAAUGAAAUCCACCAGUAUGUCAGGGUACAUUCCCAGCUAUCUGGAGAAGGAUGAACCCUGUGUUGUUUGUGGCGAUAAGGCAACAGGAUACCAUUACCGUUGCAUCACAUGCGAAGGCUGCAAGGGUUUCUUCAGGAGAACAAUCCAGAAAAACCUGCACCCUGCCUAUUCCUGUAAAUAUGACGGCUGCUGCGUGAUUGACAAAAUCACCAGGAACCAGUGCCAGCUCUGCCGAUUCAAGAAAUGUACUGCUGUCGGCAUGGCAAUGGACUUGGUUUUGGAUGACGAUAAACGCAUCGCGAAAAGGAAGCUGAUCGAAGAGAACCGGGAGAAGCGAAGGCGAGAGGAGGUGGUGAAGACCAUGCAGAACAGGCCCGAGCCUACCACCGAGGAAUGGGAGCUCAUCAGGGUUGCCACGGAAGCACACAUGACAACCAACGCACAGGGUAGCCACUGGAAGCAGAAACGGAAAUUUCUGCCAGAAGACAUCGGCCAAUCUCCAAUGGCUACUACACCAGAAGGAGAUAAAGUGGAUCUCGAAGCCUUCAGUCAAUUCACCAGGAUUAUCACCCCAGCCAUUACCAGAGUUGUGGAUUUUGCCAAAAAGCUACCAAUGUUCUCGGAGCUGCCUUGUGAAGACCAGAUCAUCCUUUUGAAGGGCUGUUGCAUGGAGAUAAUGUCUUUGAGAGCUGCUGUCCGUUAUGAUGCAGAGAGUGAGACACUGACACUAAAUGGAGAGAUGGCCGUGAAGAGAGAGCAACUGAAAAACGGAGGGCUAGGGGUUGUCUCAGAUGCCAUAUUUGAGCUGGGCAAAUCUUUAGCUGCCUUCAACCUGGAUGACACAGAGGUGGCACUACUCCAGGCAGUUUUAUUGAUGUCCUCAGAUCGAACAGGAUUGACCUGUAUAGACAAAAUAGAGAAGUGCCAAGAGGCCUACCUCCUAGCGUUUGAACACUACAUAAACUAUCGCAAACACAACAUUCCACACUUCUGGCCAAAGCUGCUGAUGAAAGUCACAGACCUACGGAUGAUUGGAGCAUGUCAUGCCAGCCGCUUCCUGCACAUGAAGGUUGAAUGUCCCACAGAACUCUUCCCUCCCUUAUUCCUGGAGGUGUUUGAGGACCAGGAAGUAUAGGCCUGAGUGAAAACUGGGAAACAAAAGAAAACACAAUCACUGGCUAACUGCCUGGCUUCAUGUCCAUUGUGGAUCAUUUUGUCUACUUGGCCGAAACUCAAAGAACCAUUCCAUGAAUGCGGGUACCAGUUGCAAAUAUUUUGUAAGUCAUAGUAAAGUGUUCCUUGGUCCUUGUGCUCUGUCUUGCAAAAGGAAGGUCGUGCUGACUAGCUGUGCAUUGCUGCUUUACAGCUGAAUAUAUAAACAGCUAACUCCAAAACGAAAUGGCCAACGGUCCCAUCUUCAUUCUCACAAAUU